CAAUCCAUAUAGAUUACCUUCUAUCUAAAGCUUUUCAAUUUAUCCUUGGUCGUGUGAGCUUCAUCUUGUGUGUUAGUUUCUAUCUUUAGGGUUUGAUUUAUAAUCGGUCGUUUGUUCGAAGAUGCCUCCUAAAUCGGCGAGGAAGACUGUGGCUGGGCCAGGAACGAGGCGCGGAGGGAGGGGAGGACGCGGGACGCCGAGGACGAUGAACAAGAAGGUUGACGAGGUUAAGGCGAUGGAAAUGGUUGAGGAGAAACCUAUGGAAAUCAUGCCUCCGGUUUCCGAACCUGUGGUUGAACCGGAUCUGGAGCCUGUUACGAAGACUGAAAUCGAUAAUGUAUCUGAGGCUAAUUCUAUACUUCCUUUGAAGAAGGAAGAUGAUAUUAAGGAAUCAACUGAUGAAUAUGAAAAAGAUGAACGGUUAGACUUGGAUGACAAUGAACCUGAUUAUGAACCGGAAGAAUAUGUUGGUGUGGAUUAUGAUGAGAAGGAGAUUGAACAUGAAGAUGUUCAAGUAGAGAGGGAUGAAAUUGAUGAGGAAGCUGAAAGGGGUGAUGGUGAAGAAGAAGGUCACAUGGUUGAGGAGGAAAAUGAAGAUCCCGCUGAGGAACUUGAGGGGGAGGAGGAAGAUGGCCAUGGGAGUGAAGAGCAACCAGACUUAGUGGUGGAUGGAGAAGAAGAGGACCAUCAUGAUGUUUUCUAUGAAAGACGUAAGCGCAAAGAGUUUGAAGUCUUUGUUGGGGGUUUGGACAAAGAUGCAACUGAGGACGAUCUGAGGAAAGUUUUUAGUGAAGUUGGAGAAGUGACUGAAGUCAGGCUUUUGAUGAAUCCUCAGACUAAGAAGAACAAAGGCUUUGCGUUUUUGCGUUUUGCAUCUAUCGAACAAGCAAAAAGAGCUUGCACCGAGAUGAAAAGCCCUGUGGUCAAUGGUAAACAAUGUGGUGUUUCUCCCAGUCAAGAUAGCGAUACCCUGUUUUUGGGUAAUAUAUGCAAGACAUGGACAAAAGAAGCUCUGAAAGCCAAAUUGAAGCAUUAUGGAAUUGAGAAUAUUGAGGAUUUGACCUUGGUUGAAGAUAGUAAUAACGAAGGAUUGAAUCGUGGAUUCGCUUUCUUGGAGUUCUCUUCUCGAUCUGUUGCCAUGGAUGCUUUCAAGCGUCUACAAAAGAGAGACGUUGUAUUUGGUGUUGAUAGAUCUGCAAAAGUUACUUUUGCAGAUUCCUUUAUUGACCCUGGUGAUGAGAUCAUGGCCCAGGUCAAAACUGUUUUCAUUGAUGGACUGCUUGCUUCAUGGGAUGAGGAUCAUCUGAGGGAGCUACUUAAGACAUACGGAGGCAUUGAGAAGAUUGAGCUUGCACGUAAUAUGCCAUCUGCCAAGCGAAAGGAUUUCGGUUUUGUUACAUUUGACACUCAUGAUGCUGCAGUUUUGUGUGCUAAAUGUAUCAACAAUGAAGAAUUGGGUGAAGGAAAUAGCAAGGUUAAAGUGAGGGUUAGAUUGUCGAGGCCACUACAGAGAGGUAAAGGUAAACAUGCGAUUCGCGAUAUCAGGCCUGGGCGUGGAUCUGCUAGAAGUGUUAGGGCACCUUGGAGCCGACCAAUCCCAAGAGGACCUCCUCCCGUUAGAUCAACAAGAGGAGUAGGAAUUCGAGCACAACCUCCUCCAGAUCAUCGGUUUAAGAGGCCUGUUAGUUUUAGAGAUAGACAUCCAGUUGCAUCUAUGCCAUCUAGGACUAGACCAUUGCCUCCCCCACCAAGGUCAUACGAUAGGAGACCGCCACCUGUCCCAUCAUAUUCCAAGAGUAGCAUGAAAAGAGAUUAUGUUCGACAUGAUGAGCCACCCCCUAGGAGUAGAGCUUCUGCUGUCAACUAUGGUUCAAGGGCUAUGGCUGAAGGACGCCAACUGUAUAGGGAUGAUGACUAUCCUCCUCCUCGUCCUUCUUCUGGCUACAAUGAUCUGCCAAGGGGCGGUGGUGGUGGCGGUUCAUCGUCACGUUCUGCCCCUAGGAGAUCUCAUCCUCUUGUAGAUGAUGGUUAUGGGCAGCAGAGGUAUGAAAGGCCGCCUCCACCAAGUUAUCGUGAAGGGCGUUCUCGUGAUUAUGAUAAUAUUGCUGGUUCAAAACGUCCUUAUAGUGAUAUGGAUGAAAUCCCUCCACGAUAUGCUGAUAGCGGUGUUCGCCAGUCAAGGGCUCGUUUGGAUUAUGAGCUUGGUGGCGGCGGCGGCGGCUCUUCCCAGUAUGCAGGAGGAGCUUCCCAUUAUGGAGGAGGAGAUGCGUAUGGUGACAGGAUGGGGAGAUCAAGCUUAGGAUUCAGUAGCAGCAGCAAUGGAAGCGGAAGCAGAGCUUCUCUUUCAAAUCAAGAAUCACAAACGCUGUAUGGAAGCAGUCGUCAUAGUAUGGAUUAUGUCGGAGGAUCUUAUGGUGGUGGUAAUAGUAAUGACUUUGGCUCGAUGUAUUCCUCAAGUGCAUAUGGCGGCGACUACAUUCCUCGUGGAUCCAAUCAGGUGAGGGGCAGCGGCAGCAGCAGCGGCGGUUCUUAUUCAUCAUCGAUGUACUCUGAUAGUCGAUUGGGUGGCGGUGGUAGCAGUAAUUACAUGGCAGAAAGAGGAAGAGGAGGUGGUGGUUCAAGUUCUUACUAUUAAUCUGCUGGAGCAGUCUGUAGUUUAUCGACGAAAUAAUAAAAUGUAGCGAAAAACAUGCAAGAGCUUGUUUGGUUGAUUUUCCUUUUCUGAAAUAGGUUUAAUAACACUAUAUGACAAUGCAUAUGAUAUAUUUUGUGGGGGCAAUUAAUUCCAUUUACUUAA